GUUCAUGAGCUGCAGUUCCUGGGCGGACCCCACGCACAGCUGGGCUCGCUGCGCCUGGAUCCGCCUUCCCAGCCAGCAGCCUCAUGAAUUCGGGGCUGUGGGGUUGACAUCGGAGAGGAAGAAGGAUGGAUGGGUCAACAGCUUGAAACCAGGCUUCUGGAUCCAGAAAAUGGGUUGCCGGAGGAGACCGGGUCUGCUUUCCUUGCUGCUGCUGUCCUUCUCCUGCUGUGCCAGCGCGCGCCGCAGCCUGAAGACCAACCUGUGCAAGUGGUGCGACUCCACACCGCCAGCCUGCGAGCGGGAGGUGUGCUACAGCAACUGCAACCUCAACUCCUACUGCGAGGACCCCUUUGAGAUCUGCGUGGCCAUAUGGAGGCAGGACAACGACAGCAUCAGGAUCAGCACACUCUGCCACAACCCCCACCGCCCCAUAGAGAACCUCAUGGUCCCCAACUACAACACCUCGCGCUGCAUCAUGACCCACCAGCCCAGCGAGGAUGGCAUCAUCUACAUCUGUGGCUGCGUGGAUGAGCAGGAGUGCAAUGAUAAGCUUAUCUUCGAAAAUCAUACCAAUGAUGGGAUUUGUGUGCAGCCUGCAUUACCGCCCUGCGAACGGCUGCGCCUUAUUAACCACCCUGCAUAUUUUCCUCCUACGCGCGAUCAAAACAAGAUGUCGCGGGCCCCUCAAGGCAGCUCCUUCCUCCGUGCUUCCCUCCCCGCAGGCUACUCCAUGCUGCAGAGCAAGGAGGUCAUCCCGGUGGCCGCCAUCAGCCUCCUGCCGCCGUUGCUGGUGGCAGUGAUGAUCACCGUCAUCUUCUACCUCUGCCGCACACAGAAGCAACGCAAGAGGGCCAAGAGUUGGGUUGGGAAGCAGGGACAGGGUCCAGCACUGCCAGAGCCGGGAAGGGCUGCCGAGCGGGACGAGAAGCUGUCUGUGCUGAUGGAUGAUGGCCCGGCCGCCAUGAAUGCCACCUGCGCCAACAGCCUCAACCACAACACCGAGCUGCUGCCCAUCGAGCUGGACGAGAUGGUGGGCAAGGGGCAGUUUGCAGAGGUGUGGAGGGCUAAGCUGAACCACAGCAGCUCAGGGCAGUACGAGACGGUGGCGGUGAAGAUCUUUCCCUGUGAGGAGUAUUCUUCCUGGAAGAACGAGAGCCAGAUCUUCACGGACGCCAGCCUCAAGCAUGACAGUGUCCUGCAGUUCCUCACGGCUGAGGACAGGGGUUCGGGGCCACGCAGAGAGUACUGGCUCAUCACCGCCUACCACAGCAGGGGUAACCUCAAGGACUAUCUCUCCAGACACAUCCUGAGCUGGAUGGACCUGCAAAAAAUGGCGGGGUCGCUGGUGAACGGGGUGGCCCACCUCCACAGCGAUUACACCGCCUGCGGCCGGCCGAAAAUCCCCAUUGCCCACCGGGACAUCAAAAGCACCAACAUCCUGGUGAAGAACGAGCAGGAGUGCGUGAUCUGUGACUUCGGCAUUGCCAUACGCCUUGACCCCUCACUGACAGCAGAUGACUUUGCUAACAGCGGGCAAGUGGGCACUGCCAGGUACAUGGCUCCAGAGGUCCUGGAGUCCAGGGUGAACCUGGAAGAUCUGGAGUCUUUCAAGCAGAUGGACGUCUACUCCAUGGCCCUUGUUCUGUGGGAGAUGGCCUCCAGAUGUGAAGUGGUCGGAGAGGUAAAGAAUUACGAGCUGCCUUUUGGGUCAAAAGUGCAGGAGCAGCCCUGUGUGGACACCAUGAGAGACAUCGUGCUGCAUGGCAGAGGGCGGCCUGAGAUCCCUAGCAGCUGGCUGGUGCACCAGGGGAUGCGCUUCCUGUGCGACACCAUCACGGAGUGCUGGGACCACGACCCCGAGGCUCGCCUCACCGCACACUGCGUGGCCGAGCGCUUCAACCUGAUGGCGCAGAUGGAUUGCGACGACAUCCUCAACAACAACACGGACAACGAGGUCGGCAAAACAGCCUCUGCGGGCGGGGAGCAGCGGGACGACGACGGGAGCAGGAGCGCGCCGUGACGCAGCAGCAGGAGGCCUCAGCACGAGAGGCCCAUGGAAAGGAACUACGAUCCAGUGCAUAACUUAUUUAUUGCAUCUGUUUCCUCCCACAGAUGGACUGAACUGUGGAAUCAAUACUUCUUUUUUUUUAAUGCAACACUAUAUAUGAACUGAUUUUUGUACUUACUUUAAGUGUAUAAUAAUGCAAAGCAUUUCUUUUAUUGUUUUUUUAAAACAAUAACAUUUAACCUUUUAUUAAUAA